AAAUAUAAUAUAGAAACAAACAAGCAAUCAUGGCUUCAUAUCGCAGCACUUUCUUCUCAAUUCUUCUUUCCUUUUCAUUAGUCAUGUCAACCUUACACACAGCCAUUGCUGCUUCAUCAUCUUCUUCUUCGUCUUCCUCCAUCUCCACCAAAACCCUAAAUACCUACAAGAUUUUCAUUAAAGGGUAUUGUAGUUCCACCACAUACCCUAAAAAUUGCUACAAGUUUCUCUCUCCUUAUGCCUCUGUGAUCAAAACAAGCCCUCUUAUUCUCACCAGAGCCUCCAUUUAUAUUGCUCUGAAAGAAACCAGCAAGUCAUCUUAUGCCCUCAAAUCGCUCUCCAAAGUCAAGGAUCUCACUCACAACGAAACCCUAGUUAUGAAGGACUGUCUCGAGAACGUUUAUAGCUCCCUCUACAGAGUCAAGCAAUCCGCCAUGUCCGUCAAGGGCUUGAACGGCGGUGACAAAUCUGGCGACGAGGCGUUCGAGUGGAGUAACAUAAAGACGUGGAUGAGCGCCGCCAUUACGGGUUAUACGACCUGCACCGACGGGUUCGGAGAGAAGAUCGUGAGAGCUUCCCUGCAGAAGACGAUCUCAAGCAGAGUCACAAAAGCUAAAGACUUGGUUAGCAAUGCUCUCUCAGUCGUGAACAAGUUCACUUACUAAUGAAUUUGAAUCCUCUUAUUGUGAUACAGUUUAUUGAAAAAACUGUAAAGCUAUAGGGAAAGUUUACUUGUGAUCUGUAUUGUUUUGAUUAAGUUUUAUUUUGGUCUUUAUAAAUUAAAAAUAAUGUGUAGUUAUGUCCUUGUAUGUAGUUUUUCUUCAUGUUAAAA